UUUUUUUCCUUUUCUGCUUAUAAGGUUUUAAGCUACUGCUCAAAUUUUACAAUCUUUGAUAAUCUGCCACUCCUCACAAUAGUUAUCUAUCCACUAAAUAGACAUUUUUUAUUGUGAUAAUGUUGUUGCCUUUGUGUAAAUCAACAUUAAUCAAUACAACUAAUCCUUUAUUUUUACUCAGUGACGAAUUAAAGACAGUUAAGCAACUACUGCAUCCUCAAAUUACUUUAAGUCAGUAGCCGCCCCUUGUAUCCACACAGAUGAAAAUUGGCAAGGAAGGCAACAAUGUCAGUAUUAAUCUUUCAGCUGAAUGCCACGAGUCACAAGGUCACCAGAUUCCUAAAACUCACUAAAACACUUUUGCUUUUCUCUUUCUCUGUUGCUGUCGUGAUGUCAGUCACUUGGCUCGUGCUGACAGAGCUGAGGGCAGGAGGUGGUCUCUGGCUUCCCUCCCCUCGUCUGGCUAUGGAACCAAUCCACCGAGCUCCACUGUUUCGUCUUCCUCGUCCUCGCAGGAGCGCCUCCACCAGCUUCCAUACCAGCCAACACAAGACGAGCUGCACUUCCUUUUCAAGCACUUCCGCAGCACAGACAGCAUGACCGACGAGGAUGGAAGGCCCUCGACUGUCAUACGACCCCGGUCUCGGAGCCUCAGCCCUGGGCGAUCCACAAUUUCUUUUGAUAAUGAGAUCGUCAUGAUGAACCAUGUUUACAAAGAACGUUUUCCAAAGGCCACAGCUCAGAUGGAGGAGCGCUUGUUGGAGAUUGUCACCCACUACUCUCCAGACAGCUCUCUCCCACUGGCUGACGGGGUGCUGGGCUUCAUCCAGCACCAGUUGGUCGAACUGGUCAGAGACUGCCUGGAUAAGUCCCAUAAAGGCCUGGUUACCUCACGCUACUUUGCUGAGCUGCAGGAGAAGCUGGAAAAGCUGCUACAUGAG